UCCGUAACCACACCAAACUAUGCCGCCGAGGAAGAGCAAUGUAUCGGCGGUGUCAAACGAAGAGAGUCCCGCACCGCCUAGAUCAGUACCGAGAGAGGAGAGCUUGGGUGUCGAGGUUUGUCGCAUUACUUGAAAGCGUGUUGGACUACAAUACGGCUAACAAUGCGAUUGCAGGACCUGAAUCUGCCAAAGUCUAUAGUCCAGCGUCUGGCCAAAGGUGUCCUGCCACCGAAUACCCAAAUACAAAAAGAUGCGCUCCUUGCUAUGAGCAAGAGCGCGACUGUGUUUGUCAACUACAUCACAUCAGCCGCCGCGGAAAAGGCACUCGCCAGCGGCAAGAAAACCGUCAUGCCGAAAGAUGUGUUCGAUGCAAUGACAGAGCUGGAAUUCGCGUCCUUUCUCCCCCGCCUCGAGGCCGAAGUCACCAAAUUCACGUCGAUACAAGCCGAUAAGCGGAAUACGUACAGGAAGAAGGUACGCGAAGAGAAGAAAGCUACAAAUGGUACCACCGAGGUUGCUACUUCAACUCCUGCGAAGUCGGCGGAAGGUGGUGACGUGACAAUGGAGGGUGCGGAUGAUGGUGGUGAGAGGGCGACGAAGAGGGCCAGACGGGAGAGUGGAGAUGCGGGUGAGGGAGAUGUCACUGAAGAGGAGGUGGACGAGACACAAGACGUCGAGGACGAGGAAGUCGAGGAUGACGAAAUCGAGGAGGAGGUUGUCGGAGAGGAAUUGACAGAAGAUCCGCUUGAGGAGAAGGAGGCCAACAAGGACGACGACGAUGACGACGACGGGAAUGAGAGCGACUGAGAAGUCAGACGUGUCUCGUAGGGCUGGAAAGAUAUCACUGCAUGGGACGGCGUUCAGGAUGGGCGGGGUCUGAAGCAUUGGUUCAGAGCAGAUCAGUCAAGAAUCUGAAUUGAAUGUGCUGUGUUUCACGAGACACGAUACUGGAGCUACCUAAGCCCAUAGGUUGUCUCAAUGUAUGAAGUCAUUGCACUCCACGUCUCUGUGAGGCUCAUAGUGUCGGAUUGCCUGGACGUCGCGCGCAUCUUGCAAUCAUGAUACCAUAUGCAUUACGCAACUCCUGUCGUGGUUAUAGUCCUUUACGUGGAUGCUUCUGUGCUCCUCAAGAGCAUGUUUGUAUGCCACCUUCAGCGCUUCGUCUUUGGGGGUAUGCUGGAA